AAUAUAUAAUUAAUACAAUGCACUGUUUCCUGAAGAAUAUCUCUAGCUCACUGCUCAUGUACUCAUUACAAAAAACCAUCUCCAGCCAACUAGUUCUCAAUUACCUAUUUCUUCUCCCACAUAUCUGUCCUUUUGAUCAUCCAUUUGGCAUAUCAGAUGGCAUCUUAUCUGCGAUUCUUGUCUCUGGUAUCAUGACCAUCCAUUGACCUCUCCUCGCUUGUAUAAAUUCGCAAGCAUUUGCCUCCUACAUACACACCCACCAUCACCUCCUGCCUCCCAUAUUUCCAAGAUCAGUACAGAUGGUGCAUGUCAAGUCCAAUUCAAGAGUAGCUGAAAUGGUCAGUAUCAUAUACAUAUCUUCACCUUCACCUUCACCUUCACCUUCACCUUCUUAAUUAAUUAUAAUGAAGGCCUAUGGUCAUAUCAAGAAAUUAAAAGAAAGAAAUACUUUGGAAUUUGUGCAACUACAGAGCAAGGCAGAGCAACACUCCAAAGAAGUGGGAGUUGAUAUGAAAUUAGGAGUCGUUGCGAGUGACAAACCACCAGCAGCAGCAGGAAGAAGGGCAGGUGGCUGGCUGGCUGGCAAUCUUCUGCUUGUGAAUCAAGGGCUGGCCACAUUAGCAUUCUUUGGGGUGAACGUCAACCUGGUGCUGUUUCUGACGCGAGUGCUGCAACAGAGCAAUGCGGAUGCCGCCAACAACGUCAGCAAAUGGACGGGAUCUGUCUACAUCUUCUCCCUCAUCGGUGCAUUCCUCAGUGAUUCCUACUGGGGCAGAUACAAGACCUGUGUCGUCUUCCAACUAGUCUUCCUAUUGGGGCUGGCUUUGCUAUCCUUGUUCUCCAAUCUGUUCCUGAUCAGACCCACAGGCUGUGGCGAUCAGCAGACCCCCUGUGGAGCACACACCGGCUUUGAGGUGAAGCUGUUCUACUUGGCCAUCUACAUGGUGGCCUUGGGCAAUGGCGGCUACCAGCCAAAUAUUGCUUCCUUUGGGGCGGACCAGUUCGACGAGGAAGACCCUGUGGAAGCCCACUCCAAGAUCUCCUUCUUCGGAUACUUCUACCUCGCACUCAACUUGGGAUCUCUCUUUUCCAACACCUGCUUGAGCUACGUGGAGGACCAUGGCAUGUGGGCCCUCGGGUUUUGGGCCUCCAGCGUGUCGGCCUUCGUCGCGUUGGCCGUCUUCGUCUCCGGGACGCGUAACUACCGGCACCGGCCUCCGGUUGGGAAUCCGAUCUCUAGAUUCUGCCAGGUGGUGGUGGCGGCGGCGAGGAAAUGGAGGGUUAGGAUGCUGCCUCGUGGAGAGAAUCUGUACGAGGGGAAGGAGCUUGUGGAAGUGGAAGUCAAAGGGUGGAGAAGAAGGAUCCUCCACACCGAGGGAUUCAGGUUUUUGGACCGAGCCGCGUUCAUCGACGAAUAUUCGGGCGAGUUAUCCUCCGGCAAUCCGUGGCGGCUGUGCACCGUGACGCAAGUGGAGGAGGUCAAGUGCAUCCUCCGCCUCCUCCCCAUCUGGCUCUGCACCAUCCCCUACUCCGUCGUGUUCACCCAGAUGGCGUCGCUGUUCGUCGUCCAGGGCGCGGCAAUGCGCCGCACCGUCGGCGGAUUCGCCAUCCCGCCCUCCACCAUGUCCGCCGUGGACAUCCUCAGCGUCGUCGCCUUCAUCUUCCUCUACAAGCGCGUCCUUCGCCGCUUCGCCGCCCUCACGGAGCUCCGGCGGAUGGGCAUCGGCCUUGUCGUCGGGGCGGCCGCCAUGAUCGCCGCCGGCCUAGUCGAGCGCUUCCGCUUGAGGAACGCCUCCGACAACGGGAACGCCAGUUCUCUGCACAUCGCGUGGCAGAUGCCGCAGUAUGCGUUGAUCGGUGCGUCGGAGGUGUUCAUGUACGUCGGCCAACUCGAGUUCUUCAAUGGGCAGGCGCCCGACGGGCUGAAGAGCUUCGGAAGCGCCCUCUGCAUGACCUCCAUGGCCUUCGGUAACUUCGUCAGCGACCUGAUCGUGACCGCGGUCGUAGGAGUAACGUCGAGUGGCGGCCGCCGGUCUGGGUGGAUUCCGGCGAACCUGAACGAGGGGCACUUGGACCGCUUCUUCUUCUUGUUGGCGGUUCUGAGCGGCAUCGAUCUGGUGAUCUACGUGGCUUGCGCAAAUUGGUACAAGGGAAUCGAGGUGGAAGGGAAGUGUGGCAAAGGCAGUGGAAAUCUCCAUGUCUGAGUUGUAUUAUUAUAUAAAGCGUUAGCAUAUUACAGAGUAGACGAUGACGAAAG